UAUCACAUAACUGUGUCGAAAUUAUUUUUUGUCGGUCCAAUCUUCAUUUCUGAUAAAAUUUAGAACAUAAACGAGAUCGAAGAUGAGAGUUGCGGUUAUUGGAGGAGGGACAAGUGGAUUGGGAGCUGCACAUGUUCUUGCAAGAGAUGGAGUCGAAGUCGUGUUGUACGAGAAAGAGGAAAACCUGGGAGGCCAUGCUAAAACGGUGCGUUUCGAUGGAGUUGACGUGGACAUCGGCUUCAUGGUCUUCAAUCGCGUAAUGUACCCGAACAUGAUGGAGUUCUUCGAGGAUCUUGGAGUGGACAUGGAGGUUUCAGACGCAUCUUUCUCAGUGAGCCUUGAUAGUGGGAGAGGAAUUGAAUGGGGAAGCCGAAAUGGCCUCUCGAGCUUGUUUGCUCAGAAGAGUAACGUUUUGAAUCCCCAUUUCUGGCAAAUGAUCAGAGAAAUGGUCAAGUUUAAAGAUGAUGUUCUGAGAUACAUUGAAGCUCUUGAGAGCAACCCUAAUCUUGAUCGUACCGAGACGUUGGGCCAAUUCAUCAAGUCUCAUGGCUAUUCCGAGUUGUUUCAAAAAGCUUAUGUGGUACCGAUGUGUUGUUCGAUAUGGUCAUGCCCUUAUGAUCGUGUCUUGAGCUCCUCGGCAUUCACUGUUCUUUAUUUCUGUCGCGACCAUCACUUGCUUCAGCUCUUUGUUGGAAGGCCACAAUUGCUGACCGUUGCAGGGCAUUCGCAUACUUAUGUGGCUAAGGUUAGGACAGAACUGGAAAAACGAGGAUGCAAAAUCAGAACAAGUCGUGAAGUACAAUCGGUUACCACUUCUGAAGAUAAUGGUGUCACUGUAAGGAAUGGAGAUGGGUCGGAGGAAGUAUUCGAUCGAUGUAUAUUGGCAAUGCACGCUCCGGACGCUCUAAGGUUGCUUGGGGAACAAGCAACAUCCGAUGAAAGGAGGGUUCUUGGCGCUUUUCAAUACGACUACAGCCAUAUAUAUCUCCACCGUGACACAGAUUUUAUGCCCCGAAAUCCAACAGUAUGGAGCGCGUGUAAUUUUCUCGGGAACACAGAAAAUAAAGUGUGCGUAACAUACUGGCUCAAUGCAAUUCAGAAUCUUGGAGAGAAGAGGGAACUGUUCUUCGCGACAUUGAAUCCCGACCAUACCCCAAAGAAGGCAUUGCUCAAAUGGACCACCGGUCACCCGGUUCCUUCUGUCGCCGCCUUGACCGCUUCACAUGAGCUUUCCAAGGUUCAAGGAAAACGUGGGCUAUGGUUCUGUGGUGCAUAUCAAGGCUAUGGUUUCCAUGAAGAUGGAUUGAAGGGUGGCAUAGCGGCAGCUCAAGACCUGUUAGGAAAAAAUAUCACUUUUCCGAGCAAUCCGAAACACAUCGUCCCGUCGUUUGCAGAAACAACGGCUAGGGUUUUCGUCACCAGAUUCAUGGGACAGUACAUCUCAACGGGUUACGUUACACUACUAGAAGAUGGAGGAUCAGUGUUCAAAUUCGGGGGGAAACAUCCAAAAUGUACCUUGAAAUCUGUUAUGAAGAUUCAUAAUCCUCAGUUUUAUUGGAAGGUCAUGACAGAGGCAGACUUAGGCCUCGCAGAUGCUUAUAUCAAUGGAGAUAUUUCGUUCGUUGACAAAGACGAGGGACUUCUGAAUAUGAUCAUGAUUCUCAUAGCUAAUAGAGAUUUAAACUCAUCGAAAUCAAAUCUUGCGAAGAAAAGGGGUUGGUGGACACCAAUGUUUUUCACCGCUGGUUUGGCGUCAGCAAAGUACUUUCUAAAGCAUGCUUACAGAAAGAACACCUUAAUACAAGCUCGUAGGAAUAUUUCCGAUCAUUAUGAUUUGAGUAACGAGUUGUUUGCUCUAUUUCUGGACGAGACGAUGACAUACUCGUGUGCGGUAUUUAAGUCCGAUGACGAGGAUUUGAGAACGGCACAGAUGAGGAAAGUUUCUCUUCUGAUUGAUAAGGCGAGAAUUGAGAAGAAUCACGAGGUUUUGGAUAUCGGAUGCGGCUGGGGAACCUUAGCUGUAGAAGCUGUGAGACGAACUGGAUGCAAAUACACCGGCAUUACCUUAUCGGUCGAACAGCUUAAAUACGCCGAAGCAAAGGCAAAAGAAGCUGGGCUUGAGGAUCGGAUUACAUUUGAACUCCGCGAUUAUCAUCAGCUGUCGGAUUCCCGUAAAUAUGACAGAAUUAUAUCUUGCGGGAUGAUAGAACAUGUUGGACAUGAAUUCAUGGAGGCGUUUUUCAACCGCUGUGAAUCUGCGCUUGCGGAAGAGGGCUUACUUGUUUUGCAAUUUGUGUCGAUACCCGAUUCACGUUACGACGAGAACAGAUUAAGUUCAGAUUUCAUCAAGGAACAUAUCUUCCCGGGCGGAUGCCUUCCUUCUUUAGCCAGAGUAACAUCUGCAAUGGCUUCUUCAUCAAGGCUAUGCAUCGAACACGUUGAAAACAUCGGAAUCAAUUACUACAAGACUCUGAGAUGCUGGAGACAUAACUUCUUGGAGAGACAAGAACAAGUUAAAGCUCUCGGAUUCGACGAGAAAUUCAUCAGAAAGUGGGAAUAUUACUUGGAUUACUUUGCUGCUGGCUUCAAGACUCUUACACUCGGAGACUACCAGGUGGUGUUUUCUCGUCCUGGAAACACAGCAGUGUUCGGAGAUCCGUACAUGAGCUUCCCUUCGGCUCGUUGUUCCUACCCUUAAACCGAAAGCUAUAUGAAUGUUUCGAGUUCUUUAUCAUGAAUACCUUUAUCAUCAAUACAUAAAUAAUGCAUAUGUUAUGUAUAAUUUGACGUAUGAAUAAGAGCUUUCAUGGUUGAUUCUGCUGUUCGGACAACAAGGUGGUGUUACCGUAC